UUCUGACAAUGAAUCCAUCUAAUUUUUUUGCUGGCCAACAGGGUGCCUUUCAGGCCCCAAAUAAUGCCAAUCGUGGCGGAGGUAUUUUUCAGUCUUUUACACCGCAGGGCACAAUUAACCCCCCACAGAAUGUUAGCUUUGGACAGACGUCAACAUUCGGCCAGUCAUCUGCAUUUACUCAGCCGUCAGCCUCUGUGUUUGGACAGACCUCUGGACAAGCCUCUGUGUUUGGACAGACUUCAGCGUUUGGUCAGACUCCAUUUGGUCAGGGUGGAGGUCUGGUUCAGAGCGCUGCACAGACUCCAGCCUUUGGACAGUCUCCUCUGGGACAAACCACUACAGGGUUUGGCGCUCCACCAUCUUAUGCACAGUCAACUGGACAGAGUCAGAGUCAGAGUUUGAUGUUUGGACAAACAUCUGCGUUUGGACAGACCCCUGCGUUUGGACAGACAAGUGGAUUUGGUCAGCAGACCUCUGGGUUUGGCACUCAAUCAGGGAUCUCGCAGGGAGCGACAGGCUCCUCUGGGGCGUCUGGUGGAGCCCAACCCAUGAGCUUUGGCACCAAGCCAUCCUUUAGCCAGCAGUCUGGCUUCUCACAACCCACAACAACACCCACUCCUUCAUUGAAUGUCCAGAAUGUUGCCCAAAAUAGUGGCUUUGGCAUGUCUGAAUUCAGCUUCAAACCACCCAGUGAGGCUGUCUUCAAGCCCAUCUUCAGUGCAAGCCCAGAACCCGCUAACACUCAAACUUCAUCUGAACCCUUUGGGGCAUCUAAGUCUGUUCCUACCAGCAUGGACAGCAGUGGACCAGCUAGCACUGGAUUCUCUCUUUCAGGUGUCCAGACAGGAGGGCUGGGCUUUAAUUUUUCCCAGCCAGCCGCAGCGCCGUCAAUCUCUGUCCCAGCUGCCGGGGCCCCUCAGAGGGAGAUGCUCCCCACCAGCAGCAGCUCUGCCAGCAGCCUGCAGUUCACCUUCUCUCGGCCUGCUGUGCCAUUGAGCAGCAGCACCAGCGUGACCCAGUCGACAGCUGUCCCCAGCAGCCCGUCUUCCUUCACCUUCUCUGCUAAAGUUCUUCAGCCACAGGCCGAGUUAGAAAAGUUUCCCUUUGGCGGGGCCGGAUCCAGACAAUUGGCUUUCGGAGCCCCCCAGGUGAAGCCUGAGGCGACAGCAGGCUCAGAGGUGAGCCGUGGCACCGAGGAACACUCCGGGGAAAGUGCGUUUGGCAACUUCGGAAAAGGAACGAAACGGAAGGAGGAGCCAGAUGACCCCACUGCUGCUCAGGGAAAGACAGCCAAGGUGGAGGUGGAUGACCAAGGUGCAGCAGCCGCUCCAAGGCAGCCGUCAAAACGGCCCCUUCUGCGGGGCCGUGGACCAGCGCAAGGGCUCUUUGGGAAUGCCAUGCGUGGUGUCCUGAAGUCGUCCGUUAAUCCUGUCAAGAGGCAACCUCCAAAGGAGGACGGUCAAUCCCCAGAGUGGGGACAAACUCAGAGGCCCGAUCCCCCAGCCCCAGCUGCACACACAUCAGCUCCUCCUCCCAGAUCCCAAGCUCCAACUCGGGAAGUUCUUGAAAAGGCAGAUGAAAUGGGCACACUUGAAGAUCCGGAGCCUGAGGCUCAGACCCCCAAACCCGGAAAGCGCCGCCAACGGCAGGAGAGCUCAGACAGCUUAGGGGGUCUCUCUCCCACGGACCUGACAGCCCUCCAGUGCAAGGGCGUCCCUCCCAACCUCAACAGGAAAGAUGUCAUUGAAAAGCAUUUCAACCGUUUUGGGAAAGUGCGUAGAGUGUUCUGCAGAACUCAGAAGAAUUUAGCCAUUGUGCACUUCCAGGAUCACGCAUCAGCAGCAAAAGCGAAGAAAAGGGGCAAGAUGUUGCAUGGAAAUGAAAUUAGCCUAUUCUGGCAGCGGAAGAAGCAAAGUCCAGCAGAGAAGGGUGCAGGGUCCUUUGAGGGAGAGGACCCUGGAAGUGACACAGUGGAGGAGGACGGGCUAAAAGGUUUUCAGGCCUCGCCUCUCCGAAGGCCUCAACAAAGCAAAGGGUCUCCACUAAAGAAGUCUGCGAUAGCCAAGGCUCUGCAGUUUGAGAAUGACCCACAGCAGGAGUCCACUUCCGAGAGUUCUGAGCGCUCAGUGAGCAGCCUGCCGUCCUCACUCUUGCACCUGAUUGGUCAGUUGGCAGAGACGGCAGAGGAGAAAUACCGCCUCCUCGAGCAGAGGGACAAGAUCCUCCGACAAGGUCGGCCCAAGAGGACAGAUCUGGAUAUGUCCAAGGUGUUUGUGGGGACGUGUCCUGACAUGUGUCCUGAGAAAGAGCGCUACAUGAGGGAGACGCGCAACCAGCUCAGCUCCUUCGAGGUGGUACCCGAAACUGAGAAGGUGGACCACUGUGCAUCCAUCAAAGAGUAUAGCAGAUCGUCGGCCGACCAGGAAGAGCCCCUCCCCCAUGAGCUGCGGGCACUUCCUUGUCUAAGCAUGACCAUGGACUACCUGGUCACACAGAUCAUGGACCAGGGAGAAGGCAACUAUGGCGACUGGUAUGACUUCUUGUGGAAUCGAACCAGAGGAAUUCGAAAGGACAUCACCCAGCAGCACCUGUGUGACCCCAGCACGGUGUCCCUGAUUGAGAAGUGCACACGCUUCCACAUCCACUGCGGCCACCACCUCUGCCAGGAGCCCAUGAUGUCCUUCGACGCCAAGAUCAACAACGAGAACAUGACCAAGUGCCUGCAGAGCCUGAAGGAGAUGUACCAGGACCUGGACACCCGUGAGGUCUACUGCCCCAACGAGGCUGAGUUCCGCCAGUACAACGUCCUGCUCAAGAUGAAUGAUGGGGACAUGCUCCGAGAGGUUCAGCAGUUUCGUGAGGAGGUGCGGAAUUCUCCCGAGGUGAAGUUUGCGGUGCAGGCCUUCGCAGCUCUCAACAGCAAUAACUUUGUUAGGUUCUUCAAGCUGGUGAAGGGUGCCUCAUACUUGGCAAGCUGCCUAUUACACAGAUACUUCAGUCAGGUCAGAGUAGAGGCUUUGAGAGCUCUCAACCAGGCCUACACCAGUGGCCAGAGGCCCACCGCUUUCCCCAUCGAGAACCUGGUCAGAAUGCUAAUGUUCCGUAACACGGCUGAGGCUUCAGACUUCGUCCAGAACUACGGCCUCGCGAUCAACGAAAACAUGGUGGAGCUCAGCCGCACGACCUUUCAGGAGCCGGACCUGUCGCUCCCUCAACGGAAAUCGCUGGCCAUCGAGAAUAAGCGGACGGUGCUUAUUGGUCAGGUGGUGAAUGGUGGGCCCCUGCCCAACCCGCCCCAGCACAUACCCGUCUGCAGCUUCGACUCCCAGCACAAAUACAGGGGCGACAUACUGGCGACCGAACCAGCGCCCUCUGGAGGUCGAGUUUUAGGAGGUGUGCCCUUCAAGCAGGAGCAGAAGCCUGCGCUGGAGUCCGAGCCCAGGCCACUGCUGAAGCCCAGGCUGCAGGUGGAGCCCCGGCUGCUGGCUGAGCCUCAGACUGCGGUGGAACCAACCCAGCCUGAUGAUGCUGACGGGUCGGAGCAGCAGACCCAACCAGCAGCCCUGCCGGUCCCUGCUCCGGAGCUCCAGAACCUCUUCCAGCCCAUAGAGCAGCCGCAGCCCGACAAGCCUCCAUCACCACCCCCCAAGCCAGAGGUCAUCUACUCAGAUCAGGACAUCAUGGCAGAGGUGGAGUCCGUGGUGGAGGAGGUGCUGGUGGCUGAGGUGGCAGGGGUGGCCAACGCCGGGGCAGAGUACAUCUCCACAGCCCUCAGUGUGAGCGGUGUCCAGUUGGAGGCGAUGGUGAGCGAGGUGGUGCACGAGAUGCUGAGAGACGUCUCUGCGUCCGAGAUCCUCGCUGAGAAGGAGCGCAUCGCAGCGGAGAAACACAUGCUGGAGGAGGCCAGACGGAAGCAGGAGCGCGAGGCUUUGCUCGACGUCUUCAGCGGUGACCUCUGCCAUGAGAUCAGUGAGGAGGUCGUGGUGGAGUGCAUCAAGGAGACGGCCGCUUCAGAGAUCCAGUUGGCUCUGGAGGAAAAGGCGGCAUGCGUGGCUCGCAGCUCCCAGGCCGUGUGUGACAGCCUGGUGGAGGAGACACUGGUGCUGGAGCUCAAGCAGCUGGCUCAGGAGAUCCUGGAUGAUGAGCUGCAGCGCAUCCGCAAGUUCAUUAAGAAGUGGCGUGAUGUGGUGGCUGUGCGCCGGCAGCUGAAGAGACAGAUGCGAGGCUUCCCAGCAGCCCCUUGUUGUGUGGACCCCCGCUUCAAGCUGAGCGCCCUGGCCCCCAGCGCCCCGCACAGUCCCUCUCUGGACAGCCUCGCCAAAGGGCUCGUCAACCUGGGCAAUGCCGGAAACAUGGCAGUGUCCUGCAUUAGGCUGCUGAAAUUUAGGAAGGAGGCACUCCACCAGAUGAGGGUGAACUUCUUCUACCGUCAGCUCCUCAGUGAAUGUGUCUGGACUCCUCUUGACUUGCCCACGCUGGUGGCUGAGAGUAUCCCAAACCCACCGGACAGAAUUUUCUGGAAGGCUAUGCUAAUGCUGCCCAGCAGUCACGAGAGCAACGCCAGCGUCACAAACAGCAUUCUGACUGACUGGCUGGAGGCUAAGUUCAGUGGGGGAGAGGAGAGGGUGGAGAGCAGUGACAUGCCCCCUGCUGGAGCACUGCAGACGCUCACCAUCAGUAACGGCCUCCGGGAGCUGGACCAGAGGACACACAAAGUACACGUCUGCAUUAAGGUGAGCCGCGGGCCGCUGGGCGAGGAGGCUCAGGCUCAGUUGGAGGAAGGCAAGGAGCUGCUGGGCACCAACGCUCUCCUGAUGCUGCUGCCCUCCAGCCCGGGCUCUGGGCGUCUGGGGCAGGAGGAAGAGGAUGACGAGGACGAGGACGUGUCCCUGCUCUCAGCCUUGCUCCAGCUCAGGCAGGUCCAGCAGGCCAGCAGCUGGCACGUCCCCAUGCCCCUGGCUGUGGUGGUGCCCGGGCACCUGGGCGAGGGCGUAAGCGACCAGAAGCUCAAGGAAGAUCUCAUGCUGAAGGCAUUAGUGGAUGAUGGACUCAUUUCAGAGUAUACGUUCAUUCGCAUCCCAGACACCACCAAUGACAUGCAGGGAACUGAGCAGGUUAGCCAGGCGGUGAAGUGGCUGGUUGCCCACUCCCCAGCGGCCUCCCUGCUCACCUCUCAGACGCUGGUGGAGUUUGUGGAGGCGGGCCUGUGCCGUGAGUUCAGCUCCAGGCUCUACCGGGACAAGCAGGACCGGAUGCAGGCCGGGCUGCCCUGCCAGGACCCAGCUCCCGUCAUUCAGCUCUACAACAGCGUGCUGCUCUUCCUGGCUGGCCUGGUGUCCUCCGAGCAGCUGUCCAACAUGUCCUGGCCCCCCGCCGAGUUCUCGCUGCCGGAGACCAGAGACCUGCUGCCCCAUCUGGACUGGAACUCCCCGCUGCAUCUGACCUGGCUGAAGAGGGCCAUCCUCAGCCUGCAGCUGCCUGAGUGGGACCUGCCCCCAGUGACUGCCUCCUGGCCGUGCCUGUGUGCCUCCAUAUUCCAGUACGUUUCUCAGAUCCCCUCCUCCCGCCACAGCCAGCCCCUGCUCAUGUCCCGGCUGGAGAACCUCCUGGUGAGGGUGCGCUCCCAGAGGCCACAGGACCAGGACGAGGACCAGGACGAGGAUUUGAAAGCAGGCCCCUCCUUCCACCACAUGCCCUGGGAUGAGAUCAUAGCUCUCUGCAUAGAUCACCGGCUGAAGGACUGGCGGCCCCCAGAAUGCCCUGUGUCGGAAGAUGCCGUGACUGAAGAUGGACAGAUCCUGGUGUACUUCCGGAAGGAGGGCUUGCGUGACUUUGUGCCUCCAUCCAGCUGGGAGGCAGCUGUGAAACGCACACAUCAGGAGAAGCAGCAGGAGUUACACCAGUCCAAAGCCGACUCCAGACCAAGUUUCACCCCACCCAUCCAUGCACUGAGACAGCGUUUGUUCCAGAGUGUGAUGGAGGUAGAUGAGGCACCCUCUGAGCUGGACGUCACCCAGACGCCCUCCGCCCGGGAGAUGCUGCCCCAUCGUCUGCUCUCUGGCAUCGAGCAGGAGAAAGCCCACAGCCAGAGGUUUGAGGAGCAGCUACGGCGUUGGCUGGACGGAGACUCUCUGGACACCCCCUCCCUCCCCCUCUACAUCCCCUCCUCACUGCUGAUGCUGCCGGACCUCAUGACCCACACUAGGAAACCCCCUGCUGCUGCCGCCUUGGCUCAGGAUGCUUCACUCACACAGGCAACUGACACUGAUGAUUUGGAGAAGUCUGGCGGUGACCGGCUCAGGAAUGCUCCUCUAUCCAUUGCCCAGCGUAUUCAGGAUCUGAACCGAACAAUCGCAGCCAGUCGACAGGAGGAGCUUGUACUUGGACUUACCCUCAGUAGCCUGCUGGAUAUAGUGGAGGACUGAAUUAACUCUUUCCCUUCACUGUCCACAAAUGAUGCCUUAGAAAUUGCUUAGAAAACCUUCAAAAGCAUUGAAUGUGCUUUAUUCUGUUUCAGACGCUGUUAUUCAGUUGUGUUUUUUUUUUGUUUUGUCAAUUUAACCAAUACAGAACUGCAUUGUAUUUUAUUGUUAGGCAUAUUUUUGUUUUUAGCAGAUAUUGUUUUCAUCAUCAAGAGAGUAUGGGAGAUUAGAAGCUCCUAGUUGGUGGUGGAGUGAUAUUUUAAGCAUAUUUGGUUUACUUUAUUAAUAUUCAGAUAAUUGUCAAAUUACUUUCAAUGUGUUGGUUUGUGUAUUUGUGUUUUGUAUUUUGUAUUUAAGAAGUAAAUAAAAGUGUAAUUUUU